AUGAUCUUGGCUCAUAACGACCGGUUUCUGGGAGCAUUUGGGAGCAAUUUUGCUCCCUCACAACAGUGGGCCGUGCAGACGGCUCUCAUGGUGCUUGUGUAUUCAGGAUUGUACGAUCUGCUCACCUCCCCCGACUGCCUGCCCGACCUGCUGCAGGGGGGCCUGCGGGAGCAGGGCGCCGGCGAGGCCUUCAUCCUGGCCUCCUUCACCCUGCAGCCCCGCACCGGCACCGCCGUGUUCGGGCUGCACAACCCCAGGGACAACAGCAAGUACUUCGAGUUCACCGUGAUGGGAAAACUCAACCGAGGUGAGAUGGGUCCUUUGAAAACCGUCUGGGGCUCAGGUGUAGAAGCUGAAUAUGACUAUGAGCACUGCUUUUAUUGCUAG